AUGUAUUUUCGCUUUGUUUUUGAAAGCAAUUUCGAAGGCUCGGCGGAGACUUGGCGAAGACUUACAGUGAGAUCACCUUUCUAAUUUUUGCUAUUUCUAACCUUAGUUUCCUUACCCUAAGCUUUUUGGAGCUUAUGAAACGACCAAAAAGUUGCUCUAAAAAAUCGUUUUCUUUUCGAAAAAUUCGCAUUUUCGAUACAAAAAUCAUUUUUUGAGCCCCUUUUUAUUCUCCUUUUUUCGACGACUUGCCAGUCGGUCAGUCUUGGAUUUUGCGAAACCCCCGAAGAUAAUAGUAAGUUUUAUUGUAAUUUUUAUAGAGAAAAUCCAUUUACAUAGAUUUUUGAAUUACACAAAUUUCGGAAUUUUUUCGAGCUGCGCCCAGGUUUCAAAUCACAGGUUUUUAUUAUAAUAAUUUUGACGGAGACUUUUUUCGUAAAGUAGAGCUAAUUAAUGGUGAUGGGAGAUAGAUAGAACUCAAUAAAACAUCAAGGGUACCAUCUGUUUUUUUCUAAUUUGGGUAAAAGUUCCUUAUUUUGGCCACAACUUAUAACUUUGCGGAAACUGGUCGGAAUUAGCCCAAAUUUAGCCUACACACUCCAUUCAUCGUUGUCAAUGCCCAAACAGUGGAUUUAAUUAGUGAGGUACCUUCUUUUUUACGUACCACCUUACCCUUCAAAAACGGCUGCAGCCUGUGAUUUUACACUUUAUACGAUGAAAAAUGUCCGGAAGUAAAGUUAUUGCCUCCGUAUGGAACUAAAUGAGUCGUCACAGCCUUCGUAGGUACCCUUAAAACUAUAGAGCUAUUAUAGUAAUUCAGUGCCAGCUAGGUAACUUUAGUGCCCAAGCUUGGGCGCAGUUCGCGGAGUACCUUUGUUGUGGCCAAAAUAAGGAACUUUUUCCCUAAUUUGUAUAUUUUGGAGGCCCCAAAAAAAUUUUUUUGGCUUACCGAUUUUUCUGACUUUUUUACGUUUAUUUUUUUCAAAAACAAAUGAAAGCUCAAAAGAAAUUUCAUUCCCACAGAUUUCCAUUCCCUUCUUCAGUGCCAUCCGGUCGUUCGUAUUUCAAGGAGGGCAGUGGUCGCUAUUUGAUGUCGGAUACGGACUCCUCAGCAGAGCAAGUGGCCCAGUCUCGCCCACAGAAGGUCUGCAUCACCUGCUGCGAACAUGGAACCGCUUGUGAGGUGAGAAAUAAGAGAUUUUUUUGGGGGAAAUCCAGCAGAUUUCGAUGAAACUAGAGCCGCAACUUAUGGACAAGGGAUCUAAGUGCGAGGCUUGGAUUUUCUUUUAAUUUUGCAUACUUAUAGGGUAUAGUUCACAUAUCAAUCGUUGAAAAUUUUAGCUCUCGCUUUGCAGAGAGAGCCGAGAUAUUCUACAAUCCUUUUCACCUAGAGAGCACGCGAAAUGCGGAGAGCGAGCAAAAGAAAAGCGCUUUUUGGCCAUAUCUUGGCCAGUUUCGCGCGGAAAAAAGUGAUUUUUUUAUGGAAAUAUUACUCUCUACGGUAGAAACAGACAUGAAAAUUUUCAUGCCAAAAUUCGCAAAAAAAUUACAAAUUUUCGCCAAGUUUCGCCCUAAAAAAUCUCGGUCGGUUCUGCAAAACGCGAGCUAGGAGUCUCGCAUAUGAAAAAACUACUCUAAAUUUCUGCCAAGUUUCAUCGAAAUCCGGCCACUCUUUUCUGCACUGCAAAAAAUUUUUUUUUUUAUUUUCAGGUUGGCUCGCGCGCUUCUCCUCUCAUAACUCAACAGGAAGAAGCCAGUCGAAGCUUGCGUCGUAGCAGGGAUGACUACAUUUUUCCGAAGGAUAUCACGGAGGGGGAGAAAAAGAAGAAAAACCCGUACGAAAUGCUCCCAUUGGCCGAGUUGGUGAGAUUGCCGAAGAAACCGUCGGAAAAAUCGGCACCCUCCAGUUCCGAGGAGCUUUCGACGGCCAUCCUGAGGUCUGGAACUUAUACUCCGUAAGACUUUUUGAUUUUUACAAAAUUUGUUUUCUUUUCUUUUCACAAGGAAAGUACUUCUAUGGGGUAUGCAGUUACAGGUCACAUAUAUCAAAAAAUCGCAAAAUUUUACUGAUUCAGAAUAUGUAAAAAUUAGUUGCCCAAUUUUGGUUUGUAAGGGCGAAAAAAAUCGUCAGAACUUUUCUCGCAACACCACGUUGGUAAAAACUUGCUCAAAAAGGCAUUUGCGCGGUGUUGCAAGAAAAGUUCUGAAAAAUUUUUUCGCCCUUACAAACCCAAAUUAAGCAGCUAAUUUUAACAUUCUGAAUCAGAAAAAUUUUGCGAAUUUUUUCAUAUAUGUCUCGACCUGUAACCCUAUAGAAGUACUUUGCUUCUGAAUUUUUUUAAAAUUUUGAUGAGAUUUUUUUUUCAGUCAUCCGGUUGCCAAGAAAACCGACCAUCUGGAGCCGAUCUACUACGAGGAGGACGAAUAUUACGAGAACUUUUAUCUGGGCGCUCAGACCGAACUCCAAGCCAUGACCAUGUGCAAGGAGAAGACCGAGUUCAAACUUUACCAUAAGCUGAGUGCUACCGAAAAUUUGGCGGACCUGCAGUCCUCGUUGAAGAUGUUUGUGGUGUACAGAACCAGCAAGGGCGGGUAUUGGUAAGUUUGGGGGAAAUUUCGGUCGAAAAAGUGGUCAUAUUUGAUUUUUUAGGGGAAACUUCAAAAAAAAAUGUCAUGUUGACAGAUUUUCUAGAAGUGUUUUUGAAAAUGGGUCAUUAUGACACAUUUUAUGGAAAAUAUCUCUUAUACAAUGACACAUUUUAUGGAAAAUGCGUCAUAAUUACGCAUUUUGUGGUUUCAAAAAAAUCGAAAAAAAUGUCAUGCUGACAGAUUUUCUAGAUUUUUUUUUAAUUUGUCAUAAUUACGCAUUUUUUCCAAUUUCAAAAAAAAAUUCGAAAAAAUGUGUCAUGCUGACAGCUUUUCUAGAUUUUUUUGGUGUGUUACGACACAUUUUAUGGAUAAUUUGUCAUAAUAUCGCAUUAUUUGAAGUUUCGAAUUUUCAAAAAAAGUCCUAUUUUUAUUUUCAGCCACCUCCCCGUCAACAGCGUUGUCAUUGACGACCAGCUCUUCCACUACGUGGAAUGCGGAGAGCAGGAUCCGCCCCGCUUCACCGACGUCGAGUCGCUGAUCCGCUUCUACACCGUCUACGUUCAUCUGCGCUACAGUCGGGGCGGGAGGAAAGUAGAACCCGACGUUUUCCCGUGGUGGAACAUCCCGAAAUCCCACUCCAAGUGA